AUGUUCGAUCUUGACACAGUCAUACAGACGGCGUUUAGGGAAUGUUCAGAUCUCCCGAGCGGUAACUAUCUCCUGCGGAUCCCCCCACUAUCUCCAAGAGCUACACCUCUUUCUGUCGUGUCCUUCAACUGUCUGCUCCAAGACACCGGGUACCCACUGGAAGUGUUUCUGCCUGGAGGCGUCACUCAAUCUACCGAAGUAGACUUGGAUCCCACCUUGUUGAAGGAGAGAUGGAUAGGGUGGGGCGUCCAAAUCCCCGGUCAGCAGCCAUGGUCAUCCGCAAAAAGUGCCCUCGAGCACCUGUCUGGUCCUGAGGUCACCGAAGCUCAUUUGAUGCCCAAGACUACCAGGUCAAAGUUUCCUCUCCCGACAAGCCGCGAUAGCUAUGUCGGGGCAUUGUUGAAAAUCUACGAUGGUCAGCCGUCGCACAAACCAGGGUCCGUCGAAGAGUACGUUGGCAUCGUCUGUCAAUCUCCGCUCCCCACGGCCAUGUCAUCGGACGGCGACGAAGACAUCGACAUGGUUCCUUGCUUGCACGUAUUGUCGACACGAUCUCCAAACGUUUCCGCUCCCCCAUUUCCUUCCGAUGACACUACGCGAACCGAGUUGAUCCGCUCCUUAGGCGAAUGCUUCCAACCGAGAGAUGACGUUGCUGGCGAGUUAUUAUUACUCUUCUUCUUGUCCUACCCCGUCAGUCGACCAUCGACGGCUUCGCCCAUCGGCACACUAGCCCUGAACCUACUUCGAUCCAAAUCCUCGUCGGGCAUCGAGAUGGUAACCCGUUUGUUGAUGCCAAUCGUUGUCGAGCUCCCCCUUACUUUGCCUCUACUUCAUUCGGAAACACUUUACCCGAGGUGCCUCGACUCUACAAAUCUCGAAGCAGGAUUACUUCAACUCGCACCAGGGACAGUUUUGGUGUUAGACGAAGACGGCAUGGGCGAAGGUGGUCAGCUGGGGGAUAAGGCCGUCAAAAACCUACAAGCUCUGGCUCAAUGUAUAUCCGAACAAACACUUCGGUACGAGUACCCAUACAUGGAGAAUCUCAAAAUGGAAUGCGCCAUUCGUCCAUUGAUAUUCAGUCAAGGACGAAGCCUUUUACCGGUGGACAUUUGCCUACCUGUCACUCCCAGCGACGCAGUGCCUGACAUAGACGAGCCAACUCUGCAACGUUAUCGAUCCUUCUUAGCCGGUCAUGCGACAUCAUCGCGAGCUGCUCAGGUCGAGAUACCAGACGCAAUCUCCGCCUACAUUCAGGAAGGCUACGUGGUCGACAGACGAACAAACGCCGAGAGGGGCGAGGCGACCUCCAGAGCAAGGGCUGAUAUGAUCAGGCUCUUGGCUCUCUCUCACGAACCUCCGAUACUGUCACGCGACGUGUGGGAACGGGCUAUUGCCUUGGACACGCAAGUACUCGCACGUCUGCGGCAGCGGAAUGAAGCUCGCGAAAUUGUCAAGCCUGGUGCAUUAACUACAGUAGCUACAUGA